GCUCCAUCCGUGAGACGCACCCUUCUAUAGAAGUAAAUUGCUUUGCUGAGAAAAUGUGUGCUCGAGUGUGUAUCUUUUUUUUCUUCUUCUUCUUUUUCUGAGACUGAGUCUCACUCUGUCACCCAAGCUGGAGUGCAGUGGCGCGGUCUCGGCUCACUGCAAGCUCCGCCUCCCGGGUUCAAGCGAUUCUCCUGCCUCAGCCUCCCGAGCACCUGGAACUACAGGCGCGUGCCACCACGCCCGGCAAUUUUUUUUUUUUUUUUUUUUUUUUGUAUUUUUAGUAGACACAGGGUGUCACCGCGUAAACCAGGAUAGUCUCGAUCUCCUGACCUCGUGAUCCGCCCGCCUCGGCCUCCCAAAGUGCUGGGACUGCAGGCGUGAGCCACCGCGCCCGGCCAACGUCAUUUUCUUUUCAGGAGUCCCUUCUGUUAUUUAGCAAGACACACUACUACAAUGGAGAAAAAAGAUGCCCCCUCUUUCAAGCCCUGAGAUCUUCAGGACUUUGGCGAAAAGUCUGCGCCCGAAGAGACCCAGGAAGGAUUCUUGGAAUCGUAGUCCAAAGGCAUCCCGCCUUCUGCGCAGACUCACAAGUCCCUGUGGACGGAAUCCUUGAAGUGUAGCGCCGCUCAGUCCUUCCACCGGAAGUGUCCGAUCGGAAUCAGCCCUGUCCGAGAGGUGAGUCCGGGUUUGGGGAUCCAGAUGUCCAGCCCCGUGUACCCCUCCAAACAUCCAGUCCCUCUCAUAUUGCCUUUGAAAUUAGCAGCCUCUGGGUGACCAGACCUUGGCCCUCAGAGGAAUCCCGGAGAAAGGUAGAACCAGCUUCGGCGUUGGGAAGGCAGGCGCGCUUACGUAUUUAGUGAGGGUUUGGCGGUCUCCAUAGUUACCGCCGCCGCGCGUGACGUCAUAGUGGAGCGCUGAGGGCUUGGUGGCGUGGGGUGGGGGCUGUCCUGCUGAUCCUGAAUUUGGGGUCACUGGUAAGAGGAGUUGCCCAUUCCAGCCAGGUGGAACGGGGAGGGGUGCCACAUGUCUCAGAUCUGCCAUUGUCUGCGAAAAGAAACUGCUGCGAGGACCAUCCCCAAUCCCCUGCUUCCCUUGGGAAGAGUAACCGCCGUUUUGUAGGACACUUGGGGACAACCCCGCUUGUCCUGAAAUUUAUUGACACGGUAAAUAGUAUUUCCUGUGUGCCGAGGAUGCAGUGAAACCAACACUGACCCCCUGCCCUUGAGAAACGCAAGAUGGCUACAGAACCAAAGAAAGCUGCAGCCCAGAACUCUCCAGAGGAUGAAGGACUUCUGAUAGUGAAGAUAGAAGAGGAAGAAUUUAUCCACAGGCAGGACACUUGCUUACAGAGAAGUGAACUCCUUAAGCAGGAGCUCUGCAGGCAGCGUUUUAGGCAGUUCUGCUACCAGGAUUCUCCUGGACCUCGCGAGGCACUGAGCUGGCUCCGGGAGCUCUGCUGUCAGUGGCUGAAGCCAGAGAUCCAUACCAAGGAACAGAUUCUGGAACUGCUGGUGCUAGAGCAGUUCCUGACCAUCCUGCCAGGAGAUUUGCAGGCCUGGGUACAUGAACAUUACCCAGAGAGUGGAGAGGAGGCAGUGACCAUACUAGAAGAUUUGGAGAGAGGCACUGAUGAAGCAGUACUCCAGGUUCAAGCCCAUGAACAUGGACAAGAAAUAUUCCAGAAAAAAGUGUCACCUCCUGGACCAGCACUUAAUGUCCAGUUACAGCCAGUGGAGACCAAGGCCCAUUUUGAUUCAUCAGAACCCCAGCUCCUAUGGGACUGUGAUAAUGAGAGUGAAAACAGUAGAUCCAUGCCAAAGCUGGAAAUUUUUGAAAAAAUUGAAUCACAGAGAAUUAUAUCUGGAAGAAUCUCAGGAUACUUAUCAGAAGCAUCUGCUGAGUCUCAAGACAUCUGUAAGUCUGCAGGCAGGGUAAAGAGACAAUGGGAAAAAGAAUCAGGGGUGUCUCAGAGACUCUCAUCUGCCCAGGAUGAAGGUUUUGGUAAAAUCCUCACCCACAAAAAUACAGUCAGAGGUGAAAUAAUAAGCCACGAUGGAUGUGAGAGGAGAUUAAAUCUGAACUCAAAUGAAUUCACACACCAGAAAUCUUGUAAACAUGGUACCUGUGACCAGAGCUUCAAAUGGAACUCAGAUUUUAUUAACCAUCAAAUAAUUUAUGCUGGAGAAAAAAAUCACCAAUAUGAAAAAUCUUUCAAGAGCCCAAAACUUGCUAAACAUGCAGCAGUUUUCAGUGGAGAUAAAACUCAUCAGUGUAAUGAAUGUGGGAAAGCUUUCAGGCACAGCUCAAAACUUGCUAGGCAUCAGAGAAUCCACACUGGAGAGAGACGCUAUGAAUGUAAUGAAUGUGGGAAAAGCUUUGCAGAGAGCUCAGAUCUUACUAGACAUCGGCGAAUUCACACUGGGGAAAGACCCUUUGGUUGCAAAGAAUGUGGGAGAGCAUUCAACCUGAACUCACAUCUUAUCAGGCAUCAGAGAAUUCACACCAGAGAGAAACCCUACGAGUGUAGUGAAUGUGGGAAAACCUUCCGAGUGAGCUCACAUCUUAUUCGACACUUUAGAAUUCACACUGGAGAAAAACCCUAUGAAUGCAGUGAGUGUGGAAGAGCCUUCAGUCAGAGCUCAAACCUUAGUCAACACCAGAGAAUUCACAUAAGGGAAAACCUAUUAAUGUAAGGAACUUAAAUUUGUAAGUAAAUGCUGAGGAAAUGGCACAAUAUGAAAAAUAUUAAAUAAAAAAUAAAUAUUGGGCAAGAUGGAAGACUGAAAGACCAGUUUCUGGUGUUCAUCUGUGUGUAUGUGCUUUCUGUGAGACUGGGGAUGUACCCCUUCUUUCAUUGACUACUAAAGUCAAACCAAAAGAGCUACAUUUAGGGGGGCUAAUAGGGUAGUCUAUGGCAGUGCAAUGUAGAGAAAUAGAGACUGUCUGGGGAAAUAAUCAUGAUUACAGUGUGGGAAGAAAAGGAAGAUUUAGGUAAAGAGACUGAUAAUCAGUCCUAGUUUAUUUUCCUAGUUAGUUUUGCACAAGAAGAGGUCAGCUAAACCCAGGAGUGAAAUAGGUUGCACAGUGCACUGCAGAACAGUGUUUUCAGAGCAUCCCUUUAAAAACUGAAGACCACAAAACUAAGAUGCUCAUGUUAAGUUAGAGAGUAAUGUCAAAUGAGGACAUAUGUAAUGGUGGCAUUCCUAUAUGAGGCCAAAAUCUGUGUCCAGAGGUCAUACCAGGAAGUAAAAAACCAGAAGAACACCCCAGGGAAGAGGCCAGAAUCCAGAUAUUUAAGUAAGACAGUAAGAGAAUAUAAUUGAAUUAAGCAAAAAUUGGGUUAGGAGUGAGAAAAGGUGUUCAAAUUGAACUAAACCUCAGAAGUUGGAGGAUAGACACAGGAUAACCAGGCUUUUACUGGUUUUUGGCACCUUUCUGGGGUAGGUUGAUAGGGACUAUAAGGAGUUCUCCUAACAAACUGAUAGUAACAGAAACUGACAGGAUUCUCCGGCCCGUGGCAAUUGUGGAAGAUUACUGAGGAAGUUAGUACUGGAAAUAAUGGUCCUGAAAUGUUAUUUCGUUGCUGCUGGCUGCUCUCUACAGAAAAGACUGAGAAGAGAGUAUAGAGCGAUAAUAUAUGAAAGAGGGUAGGGAGGAAUGAUUUAAGUCUUAAACAUUCCACAGUAUGUAAGGCUUUUACAUUAUAAAAUGUAAACAGGACCUUGAUGUUAGAUGUAUGAUAAUCUAAUGUGAAAUGUACAAAAUCUCCCACUAAGAGGCUUUAUAAGAAAUAGCUUAGCAUUUACUUUCAAUGACUUUAAAAAUGUCCUGACGGGAUUUAAGUAACACAAUAUUUGGAUUGUUUUUUAAGGUAAUGUUGAGCCCACAGUUUUUUACAGGUAGUGUGCUAGUAUGUCCUAUCUCAUUUUGUAACUAUUAUUUUUCACAUUUUAUAGAUGAGAAAAUUGAGCUGUAGUGAAGUUAACUAUCUUGCUAAAGAUCACAUAGUAAGUGGUAGAACCAGGAAUUUAACGCACAUUUUAUUCCAGGGCCCUAGUUCUUAAUGCUUAAACUUGAUUAUGUCACUGAAAAUAUUCCUAUGGGAUAUAACAUCAGAAAAGAUAGCGCUUGUACACCACAACUCUAAAGUUCGUGGCGGGGGAAACGGGGAGACCUAGCACCCUUCUAGAAGGUUAAUCCACCAACAUUUCAAAAUCUUGUAAGGAGCUGCGACCCGCUAGGCCGGGAGCCGACUGCGCCCUCAAACCCCGCGGCGACUCCCUCCCCGGAGGGGGCGCGCGAGGCCACCACCGAGAGCCUCUUCCUAGAGGAGCCGGGAGCAUCCGGAGCCGCGGUACCGGCCCAUCUUCCGGCCAGGAUGUGUGGUCCUGGUGAGCGAUUGUCCUGUGGCGUCCGGGACCGAGUUUGUGGCCCAGGGUUAUGUGUGCACUUCACACCUCUAACUUUUUUCAGGGUUCCUAUUGAUGGUUAGGAGCAGGAUUUCGGGGAUGAAGGCGGCAGCAGCAAGAGGAGGCUGCGACUGCGGACCCCAGAUUCGUCCCCCUCCACCACACACAACGCCAAGACGGGCCCCAGGAGGGCGUGAAGAGAAGACUUCCUUUUCUCUCCUCUCGCCUCCUGGCGCUGGCCGUAUGAAGCUGUCUCCCAGAAGCAUUAGCAGAGGAGCCCUGUGGGAGAAAUGAGGAGUGACCCAAAAGAAACUUGCUCAAGGACAGCCUCCUUAAAGCAGACUUCCAUAUACCCCAACCUGCAAAAGAAGACUUUACGUGAAAUGUUACAGCCCGUAACAGCUGCAGCCUUGACUAUUAAAUCUCAAAGGGAAUAAAAAAGUCGCCUGACAGUUAAAGCAGAGGACUACACUUGGGGCGAAGAAUAUGGGCUACUUCAUAUGGAAGAACUCCAGCAACCGGGAGGUAGCUCAUCAGAACGUUAGGCAUUUCUGCUACCAGGAGACACCUGGACCCUGUAAGGUUGUGAGCUGAUUCUGGGAACUUUGCCAUCAGUGGCUGAGGCCAGAGACCCACACCAAAGAACAGAUCCUGGAAUUGCUGGUGCUGGAGCAGUUCUUGACUAUCCUGCCAGAGGAGCUCCAAGCCCGGAUGUUAGAGCAUCAGCCGGAGAACAGAGAGGAAAUGGUGAUCAUAUCGGAGGAUUUGGAAAGAGAGCUUGAUGAAACAGAAUGUCGGGUGUGAUUAAAAGGCACAUGAACACCCUAGCCAGAGAAAGAAGCAGCCAUACACCCAGGGAAGCAAGGUUGCAGAGCUCAAUCUCCACUCCCUCCCGCUUGAUAUGUAAGUCUCUAUGUUUCGUACUCUCAUCCUUUCUGGUUAGCUCCUUGCUUCUUAAGGGUGGAAGAAGACUGUGUCAGCAUUCUUUCUCUAUUCUAUGCCCUGAGAUGUGUUCUCUAAGAUGUCUUUUAAAGAUAGUAACUGUGGUUCCCUCAUUGAGUCUUUCACAAGCCCAGCCAUAUCUAAUUGUUUCCAAGUUGCAGCCAGUGCUUGUGGAAUGGGACUGCACUCAGAAUAUCAUCAUCAAGCAGCACAGGAGCCACCAACUAUUCCUUUCCAGCCAAUGAAAAGACAGCUUAAAUGGAAAUAUCCAGAAUUCCAGGCCAUUCAUGAGCAAGGUGAGCAUCGCAGUCCAUCUCGAGAGAAAGGGAGUGGUUGAAAGCUCUGCCAGCUACCCAGGCUGAACAGCAUCAGGAGCAUCUCAGACAUAAUCCACCAUGCUGAAUCAGAUGGAAGGUCCGUCUCCUGAAGUACUACAUUCCAGCUUAUGUGGCACCAACAAGACCUGAUGCAGAAUGGCUUAAUGCUGUCCUCCCUCAUAUCAGCCUCAGCAGGAAGUUGUACACCAGCUUCCGUAAUUUCCUUUAAAAAGCUAUUCUAGGCCACUGUCAUUAAAAAAAUACCUUUACUUUUUUGUAAUAUUUUCAUAAUAUAUAACUUCAUAGCCCAACCUCUACUACACACUUAGUGCUUUCUCUGUAAAGUAGAAUUUACUUUUUUGUCUUAAAAUUACCUUUUCUGAAUCCCCUGGAUCACCUAAAUCCAUUUUGUACCCUCUUUUCUGUUCCCUUUUAAUAGAAGCUACAUCAUUGACCUGAUCUUUUAGACUCAUCUAAACAUUUUUAUUCUUUAGUCCCUGUUGUCUUUAAUUCAAACAUUACACAUAAUUCUAAAAUAUCCCUUAGGUCAGUCAUCUUCAGUAUUACUUCCUCAUUGGACCCAUUACUUCCAACUUCAGUAUGCUUGAAUUUGUCCUGACUCUCAAUAGAAACAAAUUAUUUUUCUCUUUCACUUUCCACAUGCUAUCUUCAGACCUUCCACUCACUUUCAUCCUCCUCUACUUUUGACACUCAUUUUUACUCCCAUUGCUCAACACAACUCUCUUCUUGAUUGUUCCUUUAUUCUAUCUCUUCCUUUGCUCAGUGGUAUGGACUGAAUGUUUGUGGUCCCACCAACAACCCCUAAACAAUUUAUACAUUGAAGCCCUAACCUCCAAUGAGUUGGUAUUAUAGAUGGGGCCUUUGAGAGGUAAUUAGUUCUUGAGGGCAGGGCCCUGUAUGAUAGGAUUAAUGCCCUUUUAAAAGCAGUCACCAGAGAGCUUGAUAUUUCUCCUAUGCACACGUGAAGGUAAGGUCUUGUGAGCACAACAGCAAAAAGGUGAUCAUCUGAAAGCCAGAAGGAGAGCCCUCACCAGAAACCAACCAUGUUAGUACCCUGAUCUCAACCUCCAGAACUGUGAGAAAAUAAAUUUCUCUUAUUUAAACCACCAGUAUAGUAUUUUGUUAUGGCAGCCCAACUUAACACCACUUCAUGUCCCAAUUCUGUGGCAAUAAUGUGCAUGAGAGGUCUCCUUCCAUUUACCAGCUAUCUUAUUCCUUGCUUACAAGGAAUAUAUUCUUACAGAUAUCACAAACAGGGAAGACAGCUAUCUGCAUGGGGCAUAGCUUGCUUGCUUAAAGAAAAGGACAGAAGUUUAAUACUAGUGAAGAACCAUUUACAUUUUCUAAGGGCCAUUUUUUCACAGAAAACCAUUGUGGGCUCCCAAAAGUACAAGUAACCCAAUUUAGUAUUUUAUUCAAAGUGAAACAUACACUUAGGAGUAGAAUUCCUGAAAAAUUUUACAAAUAUAAGAUGCAUACUCCAUUCACAGUGGCUAUAUCCUAGAAAAUCCCUAAGUAUUACUCUGUACUAUAUUUUUUUUCCUUAAUUUGGGGAAACUUGAGUUACUGAGAUUAUACCCUUGAGAUACGGAGAUCUUUAUGAUUCAAGACGCAGACUUAACUAGCCUAGUUUUCCUUUUCUUUGUUCUGGCUCCGCUUCUUCCAAAUGAGUCUGUAGUUGGAAACUCUCACCCCUUAGUUUCCUCCCAGUCAGCACCAGUUUGGGGGAGUUAAGGAAUUAUUUUUCAUUUCCAGCUCUGGCUCUAAAUAAUGUGUCUCCAACAGUGAGAUGUAGGCCAAGAUAGCUCUCUGAUAUGUAGCUCCUAUAAAGAAACCCACUUCUCAGAAGCACUGGAAAAGGCAAAUUUGAAGGUUCAUAAUACAAUAUAAUAAAAAUUCUUUAGUCAUCCACUAUUACAGAUACUAAGCCAAAUUUUAAAUUCAUACUGUAUAACAAAUUUGAAUUUAGAAAUAAUUCCUCUUUAUUCUUUUCAUUUCAACCCAAGGUUACUUACUGAUAUAGUUCAGAUAUGUGUCUCCACUCAAAUCUCAUGUUGAAUUGUAAUCCCCAAUAUUGGAGAUAGGGCCUGGUGGGAGGUGACUGGAUCAUGGAAGUGGAUCCUUCAUGAAUGGUUUAGCACCACCUUCUUGGUACUGUUCUCCUGAUACUGAAUUCUUGUGUGAUCUCGUUGUUUACAAGUGUGUGGCAUCUCUCCCUUCUCUCUCUUGCUCUUGCUCCUGCCAUGUAAGAAUCCUGCUCUCCCUUUGCCUUCUGCCAUAAUUGUAAGUUUUCUGAGGCCUCCUCAGAAGCCAAGCAGAUACCAGCAUCAUGCUUCCUGUACAGCCUAUAGAACCACGAGCCAAGUAAACCUCUUUUCUUUAUAAAUUA